GAAUAUGCUCUUUAUUCGAUUGCCGUUGGACUUAUUGGUGAUAUCUUUCGUGCCCUGCAAGAGGCAUCAUUGCCAUAUUGUGAUACAUUUAUGAACAUGUUAUUGCAAAUGCUUCAAAGUCCUAUAUUGAACAGGAACACCAAACCCGCA